GUUCACUUUGCGGUGUCUAGGUCUAUAUAUAAAUUUCAUUUUUCCCGUAGUUGUGUCUUCUUGUCCUACAUUCCCUUAUGUUCUUGGCAAAUCUUAAAUGUCAGAAGAAUUUGAAGAAUCUGAGGUUAUAUUUUUCGAUGAAUAUUACACGAGUAACAACAGAAAGAGUAGCAACGACGAGAGCAGCAAAACAAAGAAGAACGCUAUGGAGAAAAAGUCAUCUCCGGUGAUAAUUCCGUCGAGAACUAUUUCCCGGCGUACUGAGGAAGAGAAAGAGGAGGCGGGAGAAAUGACUCCGCCCCAUAUCAUCAUCGGAAAACGAAAAAUGGAGGGGCAAAUGGCGUUUUCAUUCUGUACCCUCAAAGGAAGAGAGUUGAAUCGUCACCGUAACUCCGUUCUUAGGAUGACAGGUUUUUUGGAAGUCUAAUUCAUCCUAAUUAAAUGAGAAUCCCUCCGUUUUAGUUUGCUUCAGUUUGGUUCGGUUCA